GGGUGAUGUCACCUGCGGGUUGGUAACCUACGAGCGGCUGUGAAGGAAACUGUUUAACCGGAUCCCAUUGUACCCGGAGCGCAGAACUGCCUUUCCAGUAUGCAGGGGCUGCUCAGGGUUUAGUCACUCCAAAAACUAGAACAGAAUUCAGCCAUGGCCCCAAGGAAGAGAGGUGGACGGGGAAUAUCAUUCAUCUUCUGCUGUUUCCGAAAUAAUGAUCACCCAGAAAUCACAUACCGACUGCGAAACGAUAGCAACUUUGCGCUUCAGACCAUGGAGCCAGCAUUGCCCAUGCCCCCUGUGGAGGAACUGGACGUCAUGUUCAGUGAACUUGUGGAUGAACUUGACCUCACAGACAAACACAGGGAAGCCAUGUUUGCACUUCCAGCAGAGAAAAAAUGGCAAAUAUACUAUAGCAAGAAAAAGGACCAGGAAGAAAACAAAGGAGCUACAAGUUGGCCUGAAUUCUACAUCGAUCAGCUUAAUUCCAUGGCUGCUAGAAAAUCUCUGCUGGCUUUAGAGAAGGAAGAGGAAGAAGAAAGAAGUAAAACUAUAGAGAGUUUGAAGACAGCACUAAGGACGAAACCAAUGAGGUUUGUAACCAGAUUCAUCGACCUGGAUGGCUUGUCAUGUAUUCUCAACUUUCUGAAGACCAUGGACUAUGAGACCUCAGAGUCUCGAAUACAUACCUCUCUCAUCGGAUGUAUAAAGGCACUAAUGAACAACUCUCAAGGCCGGGCUCACGUGCUGGCUCAUUCUGAGAGUAUUAAUGUAAUUGCUCAGAGUCUGAGCACAGAGAACAUUAAAACGAAGGUGGCCGUGCUGGAAAUCUUGGGCGCUGUGUGCCUGGUUCCUGGGGGGCACAAGAAGGUACUGCAGGCCAUGCUGCACUACCAGAAGUACGCCAGCGAAAGAACCCGCUUUCAGACAUUAAUUAACGACCUGGAUAAAAGCACCGGGCGGUAUCGAGAUGAAGUGAAUCUCAAGACUGCUAUCAUGUCCUUCAUUAAUGCAGUGCUCAGCCAAGGUGCAGGAGUGGAAAGUUUGGACUUUAGACUUCAUCUUCGCUAUGAAUUUCUGAUGUUAGGAAUUCAACCUGUAAUAGAUAAAUUAAGGGAACAUGAAAAUUCAACAUUAGAUAGGCAUUUAGACUUUUUUGAAAUGCUCCGAAAUGAAGAUGAGCUAGAAUUUGCCAAGAGAUUUGAACUGGUUCAUAUAGACACAAAAAGUGCAACUCAGAUGUUUGAGCUGACCAGGAAGAGGCUGACUCACAGUGAAGCUUACCCUCACUUCAUGUCCAUCCUGCACCACUGCCUCCAAAUGCCUUACAAGAGAAGUGGAAACACCGUUCAGUACUGGCUACUACUAGAUAGAAUUAUACAGCAAAUAGUUAUCCAAAAUGACAAAGGACAGGAUCCUGACUCCACGCCUUUGGAAAACUUUAACAUUAAGAAUGUUGUACGAAUGUUGGUUAAUGAAAAUGAAGUUAAGCAGUGGAAAGAACAAGCAGAAAAAAUGAGAAAAGAACACAAUGAACUACAACAGAAAUUGGAAAAGAAAGAAAGAGAAUGUGAUGCCAAGACCCAAGAGAAGGAAGAGAUGAUGCAGACUUUAAAUAAAAUGAAAGAGAAACUUGAAAAGGAGACUACUGAGCACAAGCAAGUCAAGCAGCAGGUGGCAGACCUCACGGCACAGCUCCACGAACUCAGCAGGAGGGCUGUCUGUGCUUCAAUGCCAGGUGGACCAUCGCCCGGAGCUCCAGGGGGGCCCUUUCCUUCCUCUGUGCCGGGGUCUCUCCUUCCCCCUCCUCCCCCACCUCUGCCAGGUGGAAUGCUUCCUCCUCCACCACCUCCCCUCCCUCCAGGUGGCCCUCCUCCUCCCCCAGGACCUCCUCCCUUAGGGGGAAUCAUGCCGCCUCCUGGUGCUCCACUGGGUCUGGCACUUAAGAAGAAAAACAUUCCUCAGCCCACAAAUGCCCUGAAAUCCUUCAACUGGUCUAAGCUGCCUGAGAACAAACUGGAAGGAACAGUAUGGACUGAAAUCGAUGAUGCAAAAGUCUUUAAAAUGCUAGAUCUUGAAGACCUGGAAAGAACUUUCUCUGCCUACCAAAGACAGCAGAAAGAAACAGAUGCCAUUGAUGACACACUGAGUUCCAAAUUUAAAGUCAAAGAGCUUUCAGUGAUUGAUGGUCGGAGAGCUCAGAAUUGCAACAUCCUUCUAUCCAGGUUGAAAUUAUCCAAUGAUGAAAUCAAACGGGCAAUUCUAACGAUGGACGAGCAGGAAGAUCUGCCCAAGGACAUGUUGGAACAGCUCUUGAAAUUUGUUCCUGAAAAAAGUGACAUUGACCUAUUGGAGGAACAUAAACAUGAACUAGAUCGGAUGGCCAAGGCUGAUAGAUUCCUUUUUGAGAUGAGCCGAAUUAAUCAUUAUCAGCAAAGGUUGCAGUCGCUGUACUUCAAAAAGAAGUUUGCAGAGCGUGUGGCAGAAGUCAAACCUAAAGUGGAAGCAAUUCGCUCUGGCUCAGAAGAGGUGUUUAGGAGCAGUGCCCUGAAACAGUUGUUAGAAGUAGUUUUGGCAUUUGGAAAUUAUAUGAAUAAAGGCCAAAGAGGCAAUGCAUAUGGAUUCAAGAUAUCCAGCCUAAACAAGAUUGCUGACACAAAAUCCAGUAUCGACAAGAACAUUACUCUUUUGCACUAUCUCAUAACUAUUGUGGAAAAGAAAUACCCUAAGGUUCUCAAUCUAAAUGAAGAAUUGCUGGAUAUUCCUCAAGCAGCAAAAGUAAACAUGACUGAGCUGGACAAAGAAAUAAGCAUGUUGAGAAGUGGCUUGAAAGCAGUCGAGACAGAGCUGGAAUAUCAAAAAUCUCAGCCCCCACAGCCUGGGGAUAAAUUUGUGUCUGUUGUCAGCCAGUUCAUCACAGUGGCCAGCUUCAGCUUCUCUGAUGUUGAAGAUCUUCUAGCAGAAGCUAAAGACCUGUUUACUAAAGCAGUGAAGCAGUUUGGUGAAGAGGCUGGCAAAAUGCAGCCAGAUGAGUUCUUUGGCAUUUUUGAUCAGUUUCUUCAAGCUGUGUCAGAAGCCAAACAAGAGAAUGAAAACAUGAGGAAGAAGAAGGAGGAGGAAGAGCGCCGAGCUCGCAUGGAAGCUCAGCUCAAAGAACAACGUGAAAGGGAACGUAAAAUGAGAAAAGCAAAAGAGAAUAGUGAAGAAAGCGGAGAGUUUGAUGACCUGGUUUCAGCCUUACGCUCAGGAGAAGUCUUUGACAAAGACCUUUCUAAACUGAAAAGGAAUCGCAAACGCAUUACCAACCAGAUGACGGACAGCAGCCGGGAGAGACCAGUCACAAAACUGAAUUUCUAAAUUUCCUUGAACACUUUUUUAGAAAGCUCAUUAGCAGCCCUUUGAAGUGACUAGAAUGUCUCAUUACACUGCCUUGCAAUCCAAACAGUGGCAAUUUCUUCUUCCAUCUGUGAGUGAAUGUGUGCGUGUGUGUGUAUGUGUAUAUAAUGUAUAUAGGAGUCUGAGUGUUGUCUGGAGACCUAUAUGUAUGGUUAAAAAAAAAAUCUAUGUUAAUGUAUGUGCUCAGAAACCCUUUGUAUGCAUUCAUACUGAGUGUGGCUCAUUUUCUUUCCCUGAACACCAUAACUGAAGCACAAUACUAUAUCUCCCAAAAGAGAUGACAGAGACAUUCCCUAGAGUAAAGAAAAUAGAGUACGGAAAAAUAAAAACAAAACAAAAGGCUUGAGAAAUAUUUUAUGGUUUCCAAGCUUGGUAUACUUUGAAAUUAUUUUUAUUGGUAGAACUGGUAUCAGAAAGAAAUAGAUGUAAAAUGGUUUUUGAUAGUUGACAAAGUGAUGCUGAAACUGCAUCAGUAAUUGAUAAGACCAGCUUAGAAUUUUUGACAUUGGUGUGGGGAUACAGUCUGUAAAUGUUUAUUAAGAACAUCUUGCACACAAUCUGCAAUACAUAGAAUGUCAUAUCAGAAUUUUUUUAUGUAUUUAAAACUUGAACAUCAAUUUUUUUCCCUAAUUUCAUUGAGUUUUCUGCCAAGUGCUCUUGAUGAUUUCUUGAAAUUGCUUUUGGAAAGAACACUAUUUAUCUAAAUGCAAUCUGUGCUCUUGUCAAAGAAAGAGAUUGCCAGAAUGUGCUUGUUUUUCUAACAAUAUAGGUGAACAAACUUAAAAAAUAAAAUUUCCCACCCAAGACGUAAAAGAAGGAAUGCUCUGAACAGGGUUAAAGAUUAUAAAAGGAUUUCUUUAAAUGGGGUGCUUUUGUUUCUUUGUUUUUGCAUUUUCUAUUUUCUCUUCUGUAGGACAAACUGCAUCUUCUGUAAAUAUAGGUCUGGACUGAAGAACACUUAGUGAAUGCACACAAUGUCAACAACAUCAACAGAAAUGCCAAGAUCUAUUUAUCUUGAAGUAUGUUUGAAUGGUUUACAGUUUAUAUGUUGUCAUUUUAAAUUGUGUGUCAGUAAAGCUACCUGUAUUUCAGUCUAAAAAAUAAAGCUCUCAGGGAGAAAUGAAUAAAAACAAUGAACAUUAAAAAAUAAAAUGUAGAUGGUCACCAUUAACUACCAACUCGUAAAACCCUUAAAUUAUGUGAUAUAUAAAGAGGACUGUUACUGUUUUUUUUUGUUUUUUGUUUUUUUGCUUUGCUUUGCUUUAUUUAUUUGUAGUGGGGAGGGGGGGGGACAAGGUUCUCUUUUUUUAUUUCCAUCAAUCCUGUUGUGGUUGGGUUUCCUGUGGAGAGAGUAGUUUGUCCUAUUGCACUAGAGCAUUAUUUACUCACUAAAUUGUUUUGCAGUCAAUUAACAAAUAUUUAUUGCACACCUACUAUGUGCCAGGCAUAGUAGGACUACAGUGAUAAGCAAGACAGAAUCCCUGUCCCCAAAGCUUAUGCUCUAAUGGGGAUAUUGAGGGACGAAUAGAAUAUCAAUAUGUGCGCUGUACAGGAAUUGUGCUAUUUAAAAAUAAUUUGUAUAAACUAUAAUGACUAGCACAGAUGGCCCAGUAUCUGUGCUAUGUGAAAGCUGUGAAAUAGUACUCUAAGGGUUGUCAAGAGCUGUAGUUUUACACUUUUUCCUUGUUGCAAACUUGGUGACUCUCUACACACUAUAUGAAAGUAAAUGACCAGCAAAUAAAACAGUCAUAAAUACAAAGCAGAGGCUGAACUCUCCAACCCCCAGCUACCAAAGGUCUGCACAUACACCAUGUUAAAGGUGUGGGUGGAGACUUUGCUCAAAAAGUCUUGGGGGUGAUGAAGAGGAGUGGGCUAUGAAGAUGGUUUUGUCUAUUCCUUAACUAAAGUGCCUCUCUCUAUAUAUUUUUUCUAUUAAUAGCAGGAGAAAUUUGGUCUGGCUCAAUUUUGGAGUAGUAUUUUGAAAAUGGCUUUGUUUUAGAGUGUAAGGAAUGGACAGAUGGAGGGAGAGUCACAUAAAGGAGCAAGUUUGCUUAGCAUGUCCCACCUGCCCUUUUUACUAAUCCUUAUUUGGAAAUGGCCAUCCUGGUAGGCCUCCUUUGCCAUUUACAUUUUUUGAUUCUUUUCCCCCAAAAGCUGUGUGCAGGUAAUUCCAUGUGCCAUUGUUGAAAAAACAAAAAACUACUUUUUAGAUUGGUGCUGGUGUAAGUAGCCACUUUUCUCUCUUGGGUGUGUAUUUUUAAAGUUUUUGUUUUUUUUGGUUUUUUAAAUUAAUGCCAAAAAGAAAAAGCAUUAUAAUUUGUAAACUUAAUUAUGUCUUGUAUCUUACUAGCUUAGUAGUUGGAACCACUUAGUCUUUAGGUGCAAGACUGUUAUUAUAGUACCAAGAAAAAAAUGUUGUAUGUGUUAUGAGACUGUACAUUUUUUUUAAAAAAAAUAGCAAUAUGCAAUAAAGAGACAAAUUCAUUGGGUGUACAUAUA